AUGACUAUUGAGAGCUUGAUUAAGGUUGCUCAGCAGAUUGUGCAGGGACAGCCUACAGGGUCUUCUAUGAGUACUGGUGAUCCUUCGUCUCCUUCGUUGCGUGUGAUGCGCAUGGUAAAUCCUAUUCAUGGAUCAGAUGGGACAAUAGUGAAGGCAACAGCACUUGUGGACUCUGGAGCCACCCAUCCGCUGCGGAAGGCAGCCUCUAGUGAGGAGUGGGAAAAUGCACGAGCUGUGACUGUCAAUCUAGCUGGGAAUCGCUCUGUAGAAAUGAAGCUUACAACAUCUGGUACUUUGCUGCUUCCGGUUUCGGAGAUGGGCUCAUCAACAAUCCUUCCUGUGGGCGACCUCAUCCAAACGCUGGGGUACAAACUAGACUGGAAUCGCAAGAGCUGUAGGCUCAUAGCGCCUGAUGGUGAGUCGAUGAAGCUCAGCAUGAGGGAUGGCUGCCCUCAACUUCCAGAAUACCAAGCCCUAAGCUUGAUCUCCCGCUUGGAGGAGCGUAAGCUCGAGCAGUUGAGGAAUGUGACUUUGGAAGCCGAGGAUGCAGUUCGUGCGGCGGCUUUGAGGAUGGAGCGCAGUUGGUUUGAUUCCCUUCUUGAGUUCUGCAAGGGAGAUCUUUCUGCAGGGCAUAUGGCCGUGGAUAAAUCACCAUUCUUUAAAGAUGUUCCAGAACCCUCCAAGGCUGGCUUGAUUACUACUAGCGAUCUCUCCCGUGGAUGGGAAUUGAUGAAAAGAGUGACCUGCUGGAAGAGGAGUUUCAGGAGGAGACUUCUCCAAUCGAAUUCAUGGGUGAUACACUUCUACUCUGGAAGGAGUUCCAACCCAGCCUUCAAGACCUUGGAUGCGGGCGGUAAUGUACUUCUAGAGAUUGACAUCUUGAACUCCUCUGCAUUAGAUGUGGGUGCGCAGGCGCUGUGGGAUGUGAUCACAUGGGCGUGUGCUAAUGGCAAGGUGUCGGCAAUCCUGGGAGGACCACCGUGUAAAACAUUCUCAAGGUUGAGACACAAGCCUCCCGGACCACCGCCAGUAAGAACUAGAUCAUGUCCGUUUGGAUGGGAAGGGCAGUCAGAGUCCGAGAGGGAGGAAAUGGUCAAGGACACGCGGUUGUUUUGCGGAAUGAUAUGGGCACACGCACUUGCGGUUGCUGGAAGGGUCAGUCACUCAAGGGAGCAUCAAGCUGUUGAUCCUCAGGUGGCCUUUCUGUUGGAGCAGCCAGCUGAUCCUCAGGAGUACGUGGCCGAAAGCGACCCGGUUUUCUAUGAAGUGCCUAGUUUCUGGGCAACCUCCUUGUGGCAGCUGUAUUCGCAAGAGGCAGGCCUAAUGAAGGUCUCCUUUAAUCAGGGGGCAAUGGGACAUAUCACUCCUAAACCAACUUCCCUUGGCACGAACUUGGUGGAAUUGAGUGUUCUUCAGGACAUGAAGGAGCAGGGUCCAAUGCCCAAAUAUCAAGGACCGUCUCAUGCUUUGGCUACGUGGUCACCGGGUAUGUCAUGGGGAAUUGCUUUAGCUUUGAAGCGUUGGUUGCAGCGUCCCAAGCUUUCAGCGCUGACUCGUGAGCAGUGGCAGCAGCACAUUAGAAGAGGUCAUGUUCCGUAUGAAAAGACAUGCGAGGUGUGUGUGACAGCAUCUGGCACGGGAAAGCGUCAUGUGAGGGUGGAGCAUCCUGAAAGUUUCGUCUUGACAGCAGAUUUGAGUGGUCCAAUGCGAGACGGCGGAUCGGAUACUAAUGGACGAGGAGCUCACCCAAGGCCUCACAAAUACCUCAUGGUUGCAAAGCUGAGACUCCCUGAAUCAUAUUUGCAAGGCUAUUCGGCAGGCAAGUGUGAUAUGACUCAUUCUUGGGACGAAUCUUGGGUUUCAAUUGAGCAAGAUCCAGAUGAUGGUCUGGGCCUAGAGCCUAGAUUGGAGCCUGUAGGUACUGGACCCAUGGAUGAUCUGCAGCCGGAUACCAUCUCCGUAGAUGUUCAUCCUACUGAGCUCCCACUUGGAGAUGAAGUUUCUGGUGAGCUAUGUGAUGUUGAUCCGGUUACUGCCAACCGAGCCCAGGCGGAUGAUUUGCCUCUACAAGAUCCCGUGGAGGCAAUGGGUCUUCGAGAUAGAGGUGAAGGACUCAUUCCGGGUUUGGAGGAGGAGCAUAGAUCAGUGAGGGGAGAGUCAGUGGUGGAUGAGGCAGAGUUGCUGGAAGUGGAGAAUCAGGGCCCUGAAUUUGAGGAGGAGCAGUCCCCUAAGGAAGAACGAACUGACUUUCAUCCUCCCAAAAUGGCCCGCGUGAUCUUCGCGAUCCCUGUUCCUGAUGCAAAGUCUACCACUGUCAAGGAAGCUCUCCAGGACGUACUUCUGUAUUUGCGUGCGCAUAAUGUGCCAGUUCUGCGCUUUCACUCAGACCGCGGCUCGGCAUUUAUGGCGCGGGACACGCGCCAGAUGUUGAAAGGCUGGAGCUUGCGUGUGACCACAAGUGAGGGCGGCAUUCCCCAAACAAACGGAGUAGCAGAACAAGGAGUAAAGUGGGUGAAGCAAAGGAUUCGAGCCUUGCUGGCAAGUGCCAACUUGCCUCUCAAGUUAUGGCCCAGCGCGGCCGAAGCAGCGUGCGCGAUGCAGCGUGCCUCCUUGACAGGUAUGACUUCAAAGCUGGCUGCGCCGUUCGGUGCAAUUGUGCAUGUCAGGAAGAGGCCAUACACUGGGGCAGGCACCACGGCGAAACCUGAUAGCUUGAGGACGCAAUGGGCGAGAGGACAUUAUCUUGGCCUUUCCAACACGUUGAAUAAUGGACAUGUCAUCUAUGUGCCCGCUGUGGAUGAUCAGCCGGAAGGGUUUAUCCAUACCUUUCAUGUGAGAGAGUUGGUUCAUCCAGGUCCCAUGGAAGGCCAGUACUUCGAGCCUGAGCCUCCUCAGAGACCCAGCCGUAGACUACGGGGAAAGCAAAGUGUAGCUGUGAGACUAGAAGCAGUACAAUUAUCACAGAUUGAAGAGGAUCCUCUAUGUCAGCUGCGGCACGAGGCCGAGCAUGUCUUGCAAAAUUGGGAUUAUGAGCAAGCACUGAAUGUGUUGGAAAGGGCUUCCGUAAUGCUGAAGGGGUCGGAUUUCAAGAUUGGCGCCUAUCGGCAUGGUGGAGUGACAGGUCUGCUAAAGGGCACGGAGAAGUACCCAUGGCUUUCGAGGCUAAUGGUGCGGUGCUUUCCCGAGCUCGAUGAUGACAUCACUUUCACCGCGGUUUAUAUGUCCAUAGACACCGAGCGAGAUGUUCAUGUAGAUAAAAACAACCAAAGUGGAUCCAUGAACUACGUAAUCCCGGUAGUUGUACCCAAGAGUGGUGGCGGACUAUGGGUGGAACUCCAACAUGGUGAUCAGGUUCAGGGUCCUGUGACAUCCAAAACAGACUCGGCAGGAAGACAGAGAUUUGGAACUACAUGUCCGUUGGAAAGGGGGCGGGUGAUGCGGUUCGAUGCUAGGCGGCUACAUGCUACAGAACCAUGGCGUGGAUGUUGCGUGGUGCUCAUUGCCUAUACCCCUGCCUUGGUCCAUAAACUGGAUCAACAAGACAUCACAAGGAUGGUCAGGUUGGGAUUUCCAGUUGAGAAUGACCUCUCUGACAGCGAGGGCUUCGACGUGAAGGAUCUGUCUAACGUAGGAUCGCGCUUGGAGCGAGCUGGGGGGUGGUCGGAGGUACUACCUGCAGGUGGUACAAAUUAUCAUUUCGAUGUGUCUUGGAGGAUCAGGGAAGAGCUGGGUCCUUCAAUGGCAAUGCUUCAUGCCAAAGCAGUGGAGUGCAUGGAUGAGCUCGGGAAGCAUGCGACAAUUCAUUCCUCUAGUGGAAGUGAUAGGUGCCCUGGGUUCGUGGAGAAUUCGGAAUCGCGUACAGACACUGUGGUGGAGCCAGGUGUGAACGUUUCAAUGUACAGUGGCGAGGUUUACCUCGACCUAAAUCAUGAGGGCGAUGCGCCAGACAUGGCCAAGUUGCGCAUGGGUGAGGAGGAGAAUCCAACAUGGAGCAGGCCUUCGCUGAGUAAGACCGAAGUGCUUUACACUAAGGAUAUCGAGAGUGUGAUUAGCUCGCUCAAGGGGCCUUUGCAAGUUGUCCACAACGUUGAUCCUGGUGAAGUACUUCAGAAUAUCACUGCUUGGAUUCCGGCUAUCGAGAAGGAGCUUCAAGCGGUUGCGCGUGCCGUUGACAAAAUUCCUCGAGGAGACCACCGACAACGGGAUCUUCUUCGAUCGGCUGAAGCGCAAAGGCUCCCGACGAAGCUCGUGUUCACCAUAAAACCUGGAGAUAGCCCGUGCGCAGACAACCCGGCUUCAUGGUUCAAAAGGAAAGUCAGGCUCGUGGUGUGUGGGAACCUGGCGGCCACAUCCAGCAUGGACACGUAUUCCGGGACGGCCCCGGCUGAGGUUGUCAGAAUUGCGCUCGUCCUUGCAAACAAGUUCGGGUGGAUUGCCGGCAUUGUUGACAUAGUAUCAGCAUUCUUACGGACACCGCUGGUUGGCGACAAUGCACCUCAGAUCGUGGUUCAUCCUCCGAAGGUCUUGGAAAGAGCCCUACUGAUUCCUGCAGGGGAGCUCUGGAAGCUAACUCAUGCCUUGUAUGGGCUUAGGGAAGCUCCUCAGCUCUGGAGCUCAUAUAGAGAUGGGAUGCUCAGACCCUUGAAGUUUGAGUGUCAGGGAGUGAGCUACAAGUUGGUUCAGGGUAUCAUAGAGACCUCAUGGUGGACCAUUCAUGAUGAGCAUGGGGUAGUCACUGGCGUGAUGGUGGUUUAUGUGGAUGACAUUCUAAUUUGCGCAAAUAUCCACAUUGUCCGAGCCUUAGCUUUGUCGAUUGGUGGCCUGUGGAAGACAAGCGAACUAUCGUUGGUCACGAAGGGGUGUCCAAUUCGGUUUUUGGGCAUGGAAAUAAAUGUCUGCGAGAAGGGCGCAUUUUGGAUAUCCCAGGUCGGAUUCAUAAAGGAGCUUUUGCGCUCCAAGGCAGUUCAGUCUCAGCAGAAGGAUUUGGUGCCCAUCACACGAGAGCUGUCGGCUUUGGAGUCAGUUCAGCGUGAGGACGAGGUGGACGCAAACUUGGUGAGGGAUGCUCAGGGGGCCACAGGGGAGGUCUUAUGGCUGUCCCAACGUACAAGACCAGACCUGGCAUAUACAGCAUCAAUCAUGGCAUCAUUGUGCUUGAGAUUCCCGGAGAGAACCUUGCAGAUCGCAAAUAAGGUGAUGGGAUACAUUCAACGCACCAUGUAUUAUCGCCUGAAGCUGGAAGCCUCAGAAGUCGUGCUGAGUUUGUGCACCGAUUCUUCAUUUGCUCCAGACUCAUCCAGGUCUCACACAGGAUGGGUAGUAUGUCUGCAGGGAUCGCCAAUUCUUUGGCGAAGUGCUCGCCAGCCAACUGUGAGUCUUUCAACGGCAGAAGCUGAGCUCAAUGCGACCCUGGAGGGUAGCAUAGCUCUUUUGAGCAUAGAGGCGUUGCUUAAGGACUUGGGCAUUGUCUUUGAUGAAAAAGAGGUCCUGACAGCUUCAACUUCAGCUUUGACCAUCAUGUCCGGCUCGGGCUCAUGGCGAACCCGCCAUUUGAGAAUCAAGGCGCAGUGGCUUCAAGAGCAGAUUAUUUCGAACAAGUUUAAGAUCGGCCAUUGCAAGGGGGAGAGAUUGAUCGCAGACCUGCUGACUAAGGCGUUCAGCUCUGGAAGGAUGCAAUUCUUGCUGGAUUUGUGGGGCAUGGAUGUAGAUCCUGUAGAAACUCAGCCAGAAGCUUCACCGCCAGCAGCGAAGGACAACUGGGGAUCAAGCGACGACUUCUUCAUCAAGACCAAGAAGGCAAGCAAUUGA